AUGAAAAAAUAUGGGAAUGCCCUCCCCUCGAUGGAAUUCUUGCCAAUAUGCAUCGAGGUUCUCGGCCCGAUGGACCCCAACACCCUUAAAUUUCUUAAGGAAAUAGGCAAAAUGAUCAGUGUCAGAUCAGGUGACAGCAGGGAACUGUUUUUUGCAACCACAUUUCGUGCUUGUUGCAGCGGUUCCUGCGUGGGACGCUGCCUGGGUUUGGAUUCCGCGGCUAAGCUGGCACUUUCUGCUUUUUUGGCUUCUGCUGCUGCCACAGUGGCCCUCCAGGAUCUGAUGUUGUCGAGGGAUGGGAUUUAUGUCGAUAACUUCAGAAUGCAAGUAUACGACAUGUGGCGCGCCACCAACGGAGAUGUGGUUGCGCUCGAAAAACCCUCGCAAAAACACUGGAUCGCCCCCUGUCUUAAUAGAUCAGUUGAUCGAUGGCUGCAAAUGAAUGGCUCCACUUUUGACAAGGCUAGAAUUAUGGCUGUCAAAACUAGAUCGGAUGACUCCUGUGUUCGCGUGAGCCUUGGUUUGAGACUCGGAGCCCAGAUCGCUGGUAUCCCGGUUAUAAAAGAACCCAUAGGUUUGAUAGAGGAAGGAGCCUUUAGGCUUGAUGGUUACACUAUCACCCCAUGGGCUCAGGGACGGUUCCUGGCUUGGGACGUUACCUUACCCCACACUAUGGCUGACCGAUAUAUCGGCUACACUUCAGUGGAGGCGGGCACUGCUGCCCUUAAAGCGUCCGAUUUCAAAAAUAAAAAAUACGUUUCAUUAAACAAUUUAAGCAAAAUAUUUCAACCCAUUUGCAUUGAAACAGAUGCACCGAAGUUCGGCCCCGGCUCCGGCCAAUAUCCGGCUUUUUUUCAAAUCCGGCCGGAUUUGGUGGCCGGAUUUAGGGCCGGAUUUAAGCGGAUUUAA